CCUGGGCAUCCGAGACUAGUGUGGGGCCUGUUCUGCCGGCGUUGGCCAGCGCUAUGAGUUCCUUCCAGGGACAGAUGGCUGAGUAUCCAAACAUAUCCAUAGAUCGCUUCGACAGGGAGAACCUGAAGGCCCGCGCCUACUUCCUGUCCCACUGCCAUAAGGAUCACAUGAAAGGAUUAAGAGCUCCAGCUUUGCAAAGAAGGUUGGAGUGCAGCUUGAAGGUUUACUUGUACUGUUCGCCUGUUACUAAAGAGUUGUUGUUAACUAGCCCGAAGUACAGAUUUUGGGAGAAACGAAUUAUAUCAAUUGAAAUCGAAACUCCUACCCAGAUAUCUUUAGUCGAUGAAGCAUCAGGCGAGAAGGAAGAGAUUGUUGUGACUCUCUUACCAGCUGGUCAUUGCCCAGGAUCAGUUAUGUUUUUAUUUGAGGGUGAUAAUGGAACUGUCUUGUAUACAGGAGACUUCAGACUGGCUAAAGGAGAAACUUCCAGAAUGGAGCUUCUGCACUAUGGGGGCAGAGUGAAAGACAUCCAAAGUGUGUACUUAGAUACUACUUUCUGCGAUCCCAGAUUUUAUCAAAUUCCUAGUCGGGGGGAGUGUCUGAGUGGAAUCCUGGAGCUGGUUCGAAGCUGGAUCACUCGGAGUCCCUACCAUGUCGUGUGGCUGAACUGCAAAGCAGCUUACGGGUAUGAGUAUCUGUUCACCAACCUUAGUGAAGAAUUUGGUGUCCAGGUUCACGUGGAUAGACUAGACAUGUUUCGAAACAUGCCCGACAUUCUCCAUCAUCUCACCACAGACCGCAACACUCAGAUCCAUGCGUGUCGCCAUCCAAAGGCAGAGGAGUAUUUUCAGUGGAAUAAAUUACCCUGUGGAAUUACUUCCAAAAGCAGAAUUCCACUCCACACAAUCAGCAUUAAGCCAUCCACGAUGUGGUUUGGAGAAAGAACCAGAAAAACAAAUAUAAUUGUGAGGACUGGAGAGAGUUCAUACAGAGCUUGUUUUUCUUUUCAUUCCUCCUACAGUGAGAUUAAAGAUUUCUUGAGCUACAUCUGCCCUGUGAAUGCAUAUCCAAAUGUCAUUCCAAUGGGCACAACUGUGGAUAAAGUUAUAGAAAUUUUAAAGCCUUUAUGCCGAGCUUCCCAAAACACCGAGCCAAAGUACAAACCACUUGGGAAACUGAAGAGAGCUAGAACCACUGCCCUAGACUCAGAGGAGGAGGAGGACGACCUCUUUGACGAUCCUCUGCCAGUACCGUUAAGGCACAGGGUUCCAAACCAGCCAGCUCUGCACCGUGAGGUACUUCCAACGGCUGCCGUGUCACCAGACCAACCUGAAAAACUGAGACAAAGCACAGGAUGCUUCAUAGCAGACAGCAUGCAAACCUCUCUCUGCACCAACUUCAUAGAUUGUGAGGAAUCCAACAGUGAAAGUGAGGAAGAAUCACAUAUCCCCGUCUCAUCUCCAGGAGACCCAGGUCCCGUCACACACCAACAGAAGGUGGCUGAAGAGGUACCACAGUGGGAGGUAUUCUUUAAAAGAAAUGAUGACGUCCCAGAUGAUGGUUUGGAAAACCUCCCUUCGUCUGCAGAGGCAGGGGACGCUCAGUCACCACAGCUUUUCAGUGACUCGGACGGGGAGUCGACUCACAUCUCCUCCCAGAAUUCUUCUCAGUCCACACACAUCUCAGAACAAGGAAGUCAAGGCUGGGACAGCCAAUCUGAUACGGUCUUGUUAUCUUCUCAAGACAGAAACAGUCUUGAGACAAAAGGUGCUACCUCCUUGAACAAAAGUGGCUACAGACCAAGAAUCAACGAGAAUGUUUCUGCCUCUCAGACGGAACAAAAGGACACUCAGUCUGACUUGAAAAGCAGAGAUCCAGGUGUAAAUAUAGUUCCAAGUGCUGCAGAACCAACUACUCUAAGCAGCAGGAAACACAUACCUCAGGAUACCAGGCUGUUAAAUCAUAGCACCAAUGCAGACUCACAGAGCUCCUCCGACUUUGAAAUUCCCUCAACUCCAGAAGCUGAGCUACCUAAACAAGAGCAUCUACAAUAUUUCUAUGAGAAACUGGCAACAGGUGAGAGUAUAAUAGUUGAAAAAAGAAAAAGCUCACUCUUAGAUACUUAAGAAUUAAAAACAUUUCAUUCUAGGGCUAUCACUAAAAAACCUAUACAGAAAGGUAACAGCCAAAAUCAUAAUAAAUUAAAACGGAACACUUAAAAAUGCUCGUAUACCCUAAAAGAAGGCAGUAAAUGGGAAACAGAGGAACGAAAAAUUGAGGAAAAAAGAGAAAACAAGUAAGAUAUGGAAGAACUAAAUCCAAACAGAUCAAUAAUUACAUUAAAUGAACAUGGUCUAAACACACCAAUGAAAAGACAGUCAGGAAAAAUAAACAUAACCCAACUAUAUGCUGUGUAUAAGAAAGGCACUUCACAUGAUAUAGGCUGGUUAAAAGUAAAAGGAUGGAAGAAGACAUACCGUGUAAACACUACUUAAAGCUGGCGUGCAGGUCACCGGGACAGUCUUACACGUGUACACAGUUAACAACAGCUUCAAAAGACACAGGCCUACCUCAGAGAUAUUGCAGGUUCAGUUACAGACCACCGCAAUAAAGGGAGUCGCGAAUUUUUUUGGUUUCCCAAUGCACAUAAAAGUUAUGCUUACAUUGUAUAUUAUGUGUGCAAUAACAGUAUGUCUAAAACAAAUGUACGUAUCUUAAUUUAAAAAUAUUUUAUUGCUAAAAAAUGCUAACCAUCACCUGAGCCUUCAGCACGUUGUAAUUCUUUUGCUAGUGGAGGGUCUUGCCUUGAUUUUGAUGAAAACGCAGUAGUGUCUGUGAAGCACAAUACAAGGUAUGCCUGCACAAAGCAAAAUCAACUGAAAGGAGAAAGACAAACUAAGGCACAAUUAUAUAUAAAGAGGAACUUUAACAUUCCUCUUUCAGUAACAGAGUUAGUUUACAGAAAACCAGCAAGGAUAUAGAAGAACUGAACAGCACCCAUCAACCAACUAGAUCUAACUGUCACUCCAUCCAUUAACAGCAGAACACAUGCUUUUCGGGUGUACAUGGGACAUUCACCAAGAUAGACCAUAUCCUGGGUCAUAAAAAUACUUCAGAUUUAAAGAAGAAACUUGGAACUAUUAACUAAUGGCCAUAGGAAAAAUCAGCUCCCUACUUAUCUCAAAAGAUGGUACAUCACUUAAGCAUGUUGGUGUGAAGAUGGUGGUAAAAUUAAAACUAGAAAAAUUAGGACCUAAAAGAAAAUAAUUAAAUGGCAAAAGUGUAAGUGUGUUCUGUGAGUCAGUCAACUUUCCUAAAGUUCAUGCAUAGGUUAUGCUUUUGCAUAGUUAUGUAUAUGGACUUAAUAAAGUUUUAUUAACAUUAA